AUGGACAGCAGCAGCGGCCGCAACAAACAACGGCACCCAGAGCGCACGGAGCAUCCGCCGCCGCGGCGUUCACAAAGCGAUAAGAACUCACCGUCCGAGGCGUUGCAGAUCCAAGCCACCGGUGGCAGCAACAGCAACAGCAACGGCAGCCGCUCCCGCGGAGCCGAGCAACCCCGGAGUGCUCCUCCGGCCGAGACGACGCGAACGCCCACCACCAAGCCGAGCAAAACCGGGGCCGGCGUGGGCGCGUUCGGCCCUGUGGUGGGGCUGUCCGUGGUGGUCGCGGUGUCCAUGGCGGGGCUGCUCGGCGGGUGGCUCUGGGCCGUGUCCUGCGUGUGCGCCUGGCUAGCCGCCCUGUCCAGGUCCAGGCUUCGGCGGAGGGAGGCGGCCGGCGAGGUGGCGGUUGACGUGGACUCGACAGAUCACGAGGAACCGGUCGUGCUCCGGGGGCUGCUCGAGCGGGAUCGGACGAAGGCCGUGGCGGCAUAA